AUGCGACGGCACCGCGAGUCCACCAAACGCGCCUCCUCUCUGAUGUACUGCGAUGAGGGGUCUUUUAAAUCUCAGAUUCACCGAACUGUCCAGGAACACCGAUUCAAGAAGAGCUCAGAUCCCGUCGUUGCGGCGACUGAACCGUUAGAAAAUUACAUCGCCAUCGUCCAUCAACUCCUCGGCCCGGAGCCGCUCACUCCGCCCGUCCUGGUCGACAAGCCAGGCUACGUGUCAGGGUCGCCGAGUCAUUUGGACCAGGGUGAUCAUGAAUGUCUGAAAACUAAGGAGGCUCUCGGUGUUCCAACUGCGCGUUUUCGCAAUGCGCUGCUAAAGAGCUACGUGUUGUGGGUCCAUCCUCAAAUGCCAAUCUUGGACAUGGACAACUUCUUGUGUGAAAUUGCGAAAAAUGACGUCCAUAACAGCAUUAGUCCGCUGUUAUACCAUGCAGUCAUGUUUGCGGCCUCUGACUUCGUGGACAUCUCCUACAUCCACCGCGAGGGGUACACGUCGCGCGGAGCCGCUCGCGACGUAAUGUUCCAACGCGUAAAGGGACUGUUAAACGUUAAUUGCGAAGACGACCGCCUUACUACGGUGCAAGCGCUGCUGCUUCUAACCCAUUGGAAUGAUGAACCUCUUUCUGAGGAGGACACCAGCCAUUGGAUGGAUAUCUGCUUAUCAAUGGCAAUGCGCAUUGGUCUCCACCGCAGUCCCAACCCUUCAAACCUUACAUUGUCCCAACAGAAGACGUGGAGACGAACAUGGUGGGCUUUGUACAAUCAUGUUAGCCUGACAGCUGGAGAUCUACCAUCCGUAAUGCGUCUUCAAGAAGGUCACACAGACGGCCAUCCAGUUGAUCCGCCCAUGAUUACCUUGAAUGACUUCCAAUUCGGCGUCUUCGGCCCUGAAGCGCGAGCCAUCGUGGAUGACUGUGAUGUUUUUCAAAGUGUCGAAUUGCAAAAGACGCAAACCCAUUUGUUCAUCGAAAAGACUAGACUCUGUCGACUGUCACAGUUUUCGCGUGUCGCCAACCGGGUGAGCAAUUUGGCGCAUGGAAUAAACAGACCAGAGACAUGGUCCUGUUCGCGGAACAGAGGUGCCAAUGCAGACAAGACGGAGAAACUGCGCAGAUGGUUCUUGCAGCUUCCAGCUGCCGCCUGCCAUCAAUACCCAUCGGCGCUGACCCAGACGGAGUGGGAUCGAAGCGUCUACUUGCAUCGAGCGUGGCUGCGGCUGCUGUAUUUAGGCUCGUUGUACGCGGCAUGCUGCGACCAAUUCCAAGCAGCCAACGGCACUUCCCCCUGUUUCUCGACAUGUCCCCAAUCCGACCAGGUGGACAAGUACCUAUUAGAUAUCACGGACCUAUUCGAUGAGGUUGACAGUCUGGGUUUAUCGGGGCACCUGCCCUCCUCUGCCACGGCACUUCUAGUCUUGGUCCUCACUUACCACAAGCGGCCCCUUGACACGACCAUGUCACUCGAUCAAGCCAAGAGGGCCCGCUCCUUGCACAAGUGUUGGAACAUGAUCCACAAGUUAGAAGAAACGUCUCGACUGGCGAGCAGCAUGAUAGCAGCCGUUAAAGAUUCUUCGUUCUGCGGGGGCACAACGUGGUAUCCAUAG